AUGUCAGCUGGAACCACAGCACCCAACGCCCAAGAUGGCUUAUCACCUGUACAAGGCAACGGUACCAACGAUUUCUCAAGAUCACCCACGUUCGUAUCUGACGAGGAUGUUGAAACCUCCCCAAGAACUCUCGACGCCAAUGCAACUCUGACCGACCUGACUGCUGCAAAUGGGAUCAACAAGGAAAAAGCGCUGUCCACGGACGGAGUGGACGACGAACACCUACCGGCACAGUCGACGAUGGGAAAGGUUGAAUCGGACAUGGAAAAGGCCGGUACAGCUCAUCCACAUCACCACAAAAACGCCUUAGCCUCAUUGAAUCCAAAGAGAAAAGGCGUGUUGUUGCUCUGUUUCUGUCUUUCGAUGUUUAUAGAUGCUGCUGGUGUCAGUGCCACCUUUUUAAUGACGGCCCCCAUCGCUGAAGACCUCGGAGUGAAGACUGGAGAUCAAGCUUGGAUUUUGGGGACUUAUUCUCUCGCAUUCGCUGCCACGCUGCUCUUCGCUGGUCGACUUGCCGAUCUGUACCCUCCCCAUAGGGUCUACACCAUCGGUUUCAUCGGUAUUGCCAUCUUCUACCUGAUCAUCUCGUUCAUGGAAAACCAAUAUGCCUUCUUUGUGCUCCGAGCGUUCUCAGGUCUAUUGGCGGUGUUGACCAUCCCAAGUUCAAUCAAUAUGAUCAUCCAAAUGUACCCCGAUCCUGCUGAACAAGCUAAGAAGCUCGCUCUUUUCGGUAUGGCUGGUGCUUUGGCCAACACCAUCGCUUUGGUUCUCGCUGGUAUAUUCCUUCUUGCUAACUGGAGAUGGUACUUCCGAUUCAUCACGAUCAUUAUCGCUCCAUUCGCCGUCUUGGCGUGGUUCCUCAUGCCUCGAACCGAAGCAGUUGCCGAAGACUUACCCGGUGCCGCCAAGCUCAAACGAAUGGAUCUUGGUGGUGUACUGAUCCUUAUCGCAUGUUUGGUCUUGUUCAUCCUCGGUUUCACCCAAGCAGCGGUAGACGGAUGGGAUGCGCCAAUCUUCUACGUUCCAUUGGUCGUCUCUGUCAUUCUCCUUGGUGUAUUUUUAGUUUGGGAGAGAUUCAUGCCUAGAGGUUACUCUUUAUUACCUCACGACAUGUGGCGAUACCCCAACAUCUUCCCUUUGAUCCUUCAAGCAUCAGCUAUUUUCAUGUGGUUCGCCUGUGCCCAACUUCGGAUUGCCACCUACUUCCAAGAAGCAUUACACAAUUCUGCCAUUCUCACUGCUGUCAAACUUCUUCCUAUGGGUAUAACCGCAUUGUUCGUGGGUACAUCCACUCAAGCUUUGCCAUGGUUAAUCACCAAACCUCGAUUCGUCCAACCUGUCGCUUCCGCGUUAUGUUUCGCCGGAUCGAUGCUCUUCGCUUUCAGUAAAGGUGGCUCAGGAAAAGAUUACUGGAGAUUCAUGUUCCCAGGUCAGAUCAUCGGUACUGCUGGUGGUAUGAUUGUUUUCAUCGGUAUGAACACUUCGAUCAUCCAAGCUUUCCCUCUUGAAUUCGCUGGUGUCGGAGGUUCCUUCGCCAACAUCAUCUUCCAAGUUGGAGGAGUGAUCGGUAUCUCGGUUCAAGCAGGCUUGAUCAAUACCGGUAAUGGUACUAUUGAAGAUUGGACUGGAUCUAAAAACUCUUACUUCUUCACUGGAGCCUACAUCCUAUUCACGGGUGUAGUCUUUGUGGCAUGGUAUAGGCAGAGUAAGAUGCCCAAGUACGAAGGGCCGGUAGUAGCUGCUUAG